AUGACGAGGCCGCCCAAAUCCCCAAAUCUACUCGUAGGCGCAAGUUAUAAUAACCCCAAAUCCCCAACGGAUCCUCAACAUACAGACAUCAUGAAUAUUAUCGAAUGGGCGUUCGGGAAGCGCAUGACCCCCGCGGAGCGUCUACGAAAACACCAACGCUCCCUUGAGAAGACGCAGAGGGAAUUGGACCGCGAGCGCGUGAAGCUAGAGAACCAAGAGAAGAAAUUAAUACAGGAGAUCAAGAAGAGCGCCAAAAAUGGGCAGAUAGGAGCAUGCAAAAUCCAAGCCAAAGACUUGGUUCGGACACGGCGAUAUGUUGAGAAGUUCUAUUCAAUGCGGACCCAGCUACAGGCUAUUUCGCUACGCAUACAGACUGUUAGAACAAACGAGCAGAUGAUGCAGGCUAUGAAGGGCGCAACCGGGGUACUAGGCAGUAUGAAUCGCAGCAUGAAUUUGCCGGCUUUACAGAGGAUAGCGAUGGAGUUCGAGAAAGAGAACGAUAUUAUGGACCAAAGACAAGAGAUGAUGGACGAUGCCAUCGACGAUGUUACGGGGUUAGAGGAUGAGGCCGAGGGCGACGAGAUCGUUGACCAGGUAUUGGAGGAGAUUGGGGUUGACCUUAAGAAUGCGAUGGGCGAAACUCCGCAAGGACUCCAGAGCAACCCGGUGGCCGAGGGGGGGAAGGUUGCACAGGCUGUGGGAGCAGGAGGAGCUGAUCCGGGAGAUAGCGAUCUUCAGGCCCGGCUGGAUAGUUUACGAAGGUGA